AGUAAGGCUGUGAGUGGCUGAGAGAAGAAGAAAUCCACAGUGGCUGCGGUUCCGUGGAAGGACGUCUUUUUUUUUUUUUAUUAUAGAGCAAUGGCUUCUCUUGACGUUGGGUCGACAUAUUCAAAUUAUACAGACUUUCAUAAUGCGGUCACUGAAUUCGAAAAUGAGAAUUUUGUGCAGUUUUACCGCCGCGAUGCAAGAACAAUUGAAAAAGUCAAACGAUUAUAUCCAAGGCACUAUUACAAUCCUGAGUUGAAGUAUGCGAACAUACAUCUGGCUUGUGUACACGGUGGCAAAAAAUUCUUAUCCCAUUCUAAAGGAGUGCGUCCGAAAACGAGUACCUGCAAGGUUGGAUGCCCUGCUUUCAUCAAAGUCAAAACUACAAAGGAUGGAGAGAGAUUAGUUGUGAAGGAUAUUGUCAAAAUACACAACCACGACGUCAGUGAGGUAAACACAGUUGCUCAGUAGAUUCCGUCAUUAGAGUAUAGUGAAUUGCGAAAGAAAUGCUGAACCACGAGCACUAGUGAUUGGCAACAGAGACUAUGAAUACAUUGAGGCUGCAUUUAGGCACUACCCCAGGAAAAGACAACUAUGUCCAGCUGAACGUGCCAAGUGUUCAGAACUGCUGACAAAGUAUGAUGGCAACAAAAGAUUGGUAAUAGAAGAUCUCACCAAAGUAACUGGAAAAGUCAUCCUACCAAAGGACAUUCACAACAUUGCAGCAACAGUGAACUGGCCUGCAAAAUUUGAGAGAAAGAAAAAGGAGAAAAAAGUUAUAAAAGGGAUUCGAAUGGUGAUGGACACUGACACAAAGCUAAGAGAACAGGCAAGAAAAAGGCGGCCUGGGUGUGCUUUAAAGGAUCCAAGGAGGACCGAGAAGAAACUGGUGCUUGACGUGGACACCGGGGUGGAUAAUGCCCUGGCUAUCAUGGUGGCUUUGGCGGCCGCCAACGUGGAGGUGCUGGGCAUAACCUGUGUACGCGGAAACACCUCCUUGGAAAACGCCUGCAGGAACACGCUGCGUGUUCUCAAGGUCUGCCGGCGACUUGAGAUCCCGGUUUUCGGCGGUGCGGCGGAGCCUCUGUUGGGCCGUCCCCUGACGGUGGGCUCCUUUCACGGGAAGGAUGGGCUCGGGGACGCCCCUGACCCCGAUUCCCCGGGAAUGGAGCUACUCCAGACAGAAGGGGCUGUGGAAGCCAUAAUCAGGCUGGCUAAUGAGAACCCCGGAGAGGUUUGCCUGGUUGCCACUGCCCCUUUGACCAACCUGGCCCUUGCUGUGAAGAUAGACCCCACCCUCCCUCAGAAACUGAAAGGGCUCUUCAUCAUGGGUGGUAACACUGACUCAAGGGGAAACUCCACAGUGUGCGCAGAGUUCAACUUUGCUGCUGAUCCCGAGGCAGCUUACAUUGUCCUGAACCGCUUCUUCUGUCCUACCUACAUUGCCACCUGGGAGUUCUGCUGUGAAAACAAGCUUCCAUGGUCGUUCUGUGACAAGUGGCUGGCCCAGGACAGUGAGAAGGCCCGCUUCAUGAAGAGCAUAUUCAAACACACCAUGAACACUGUAGCCUCCAGCGCUCACUGCUUUCAGAGGGAGACGAUGACAGGCCCAGGCUUUGUUUCGUGCAACUCGUACGCCAUGGCGGCGGCCAUCGAUGACGGCUUUAUGUGGGUGUCUGAGCCGGUGGCGGUGACAGUAGAGCUUCAGGGGACCUACACCAGAGGCAUGAUGGUCCUGGACAAGCUGGGAGUUCUAGAGAAGGAGCACCAGGUCUUUUUAAUGAAAACGGUGGACCUAGAGAGCUUUAAGGGUCUGUUGAUGGACUCACUGAAGUAACCAGGACUGGUAACCUAGCUUGUAUCUAGGCCACUAUUCCAUAUUGGUUUUCGAGUAGGCUAAAGGAUUGUGCAUUUUAUUUUGUUGUAGAGAUGAAUGUAGAUACAUUUCUUGGUAAAAUGUUGUUUUGACAGACCAUUAUCAUUAAUAGCAAACACUUUCUGCACUGUUUUACUUUCCAAAUUUGUCAUACUGUAUAUUUGGUCAGUAGCAAAAUGCCAUCUUAUGAAUGGCUUUUUUUUACACUAUUUUCCUUUUUUGUUUUUAUUUAAAGAAAAUCUGGAUCAAGU